AUGAAGCGCGCUCUCACCAAGGCGCGACAAUCGCUCGAAGGAAAGGAUGAAGAAAUUGAGAGGCGCCUGCGACCCAAACCUCCGCCGCUUCCCCGGUCCCUACCGGCCGACGACGAUGCGCAAGUCCAGUCAUUCCUGUCCCAGCGCGGCGUCAUCUCGCGCUGCGAGCGCGAGCAGGUGACGGACCGCGACCUGUCGCGCCUACUGCCGUCUCAAUGGCUGAACGACGAGAUUAUCAACUUUUACGGCCAGAUGAUCCUGUCGCGCUCAAACACCGCCCAGAAGAAGAAGGGCCUCAGCAUGGGAGCCAAUGGGAUCAAUGGGGUCAAUGGGGUCAAUGGCUUCUCUAAAGGGUGCGCGACGCGGGGGAAGCUGGGAUCGACGAUCUUGGAUGUGCAUUACUUCAGCACGUUCUUCUGGUCUAAGUUGAAAGGGGAUGGGUACGAAAAGGGACGGUUGGCCAAGUGGACGAAAAAGUUCGACAUAUUUUCGAAGGACGUGCUCCUUAUCCCCAUCAACCACAACAACUCCCACUGGACCGGUGCGGCGAUAAACUUCCGCAGGAAGCGGAUAGAGUCCUACGACAGUAUGAACAUGGACCGUCAGAAUGUGUACAGGCUUCUGCGCGAAUACCUGAAUGCGGAGCAUAAAGACAAAAGGAAAAAGCCGUUCGAUUUCACGGGGUGGAUAGACUACACACAUCCGGAGACGCCGCAGCAGGAGAACGGGUACGACUGUGGGGUGUUCACGUGUCAGUUCCUCGAGACACUCUCACGUGGGGAAGAGGCGUUCAACUUUACACAGCGCGACAUGGCGUACCUGCGCCGGCGCAUGAUAUGGGAGAUCGGGAACGCGAGGCUGCGGGAAGAGUCGUAGCGUCUGCUGUUGCGUCUGCGCGUGUUUCGGUGCGGGUGCGGGUGCGGGUGAUGGGACUGCGUAGAUGGAGCUUGUCGGGGUGGGUUGGAGUUCGCCUGAUCGUUUGCCCUAGUGCAAAGGGACUUCUUGUUUUGCUGUUGCUGUUGUGCUCGCUCCCUUCGUCGUCGGGUAGACAAGGACGGAGCCAUUUUUUUCGAAUUUUUUAUUGUAUUUUCUUAAUGCUAUCUUGCGCCGCACGGCCAUUAGAAUCGGUC